AUCGCUCACCACUUGCCAUUCAGAUGUCUAUGAAGGAAAUGCCUGUCAUCGAAGGUGGGCGCUAUUAGACUUAGGGACUUCGAAUCAGACAUUGCGCAUUUCCAUCACGUUGAUGGGCCUCAAUUGCCACCCAUCAUCUCGCCGUCCCGAAUACAAAACAACCUGCGAACGAUAGCCUUCCACGGAUUUGGGCUAGACCUGCGAAGAGAACGCCCGGAUCCACAAUGCCAGAAUCUGAGUCGGUUAUGGAAGAUGACCGCUCGGUCGAGCUGUCGUCUAUCGCUGCUAUUUUCCCGGAAAUAAUAAUCGACCCUGUCUCGCCGUAUAAAGCCUCGCUAGACAUACCCGUCAAACCAUCUAGACCCGUACGCGUGCGCUUUCAGCAGCAACAGCAGCUCCCCGAGAACAUUUUUCCUGCUAUCCUGACCCCUCCCACGUCCGUCGACGCCAGCGAAAACGGUUUCCCGUUCAAGGCCGAGGAGCCCACUGCUCCAGCCGAGGCCGACAAUGAUGUCCAUAUCAUAUCGCACUUUCCUCCUCUUUGCCUCGAGAUCGAGCUGCCCGAAGGCUAUCCAGCUGAGCAAGCGCCUUUCUUCAAUCUCGGAACAAACCCUGCCUGGUUACCUUCCUCGACAUUGUCCGAACUCAUAAAUGAUGGCAAGCGUCUUUGGGAGGAGUGCGGCAAGGACCUGGUGGUUUACACAUACAUCGACCAUCUUCAGCAGUUAUGUGACACGGGCUUUGACUCUAGUGAAAGCCCCGACGGUGAGAUGCUGCUUUCUCGGGACUUGAAAAUAGCUUUGUUGGAUUUCAACAGUAAAGCUGAACAGGAAAUGUUCGAACAAGAGACCUUUGAAUGUGGUGUCUGCCUGGAACCAAAGAAAGGCAUAAACUGUCACCGCCUUUUGCGAUGCUCGCACGUUUUCUGCGUUGCCUGUCUGCAGGACUUCUACAAUGCCUGUAUCACUGAAGGCGAUAUUGAGAAUGUGAAGUGUUUAGCUCCUAAUUGUGGCAAGGAAACGGCUCUCACAGCCUCCGCAGGCGACGCACCAAAGAAGCGAAAGAAGAUCGACCGAACGCUCAGCCCCAGCGAGUUGCUACAGAUUCCCCUGGAGCAGGAGACUGUGCAGCGCUUUGUAUCUCUUAAGCGCAAGAAAAGGCUUGAGGCGGAUAAGUCGACAGUGUACUGUCCUCGUGAAUGGUGCCAAGGUGCCGCUCGCUCAAAAAAGCACCCCAAACCCAUGGACCCGAUGUCUGACGACCUCGACGUGUUUGACGAUGAUGAGGAGGCGACCCCUGUCUUUGAUCCCCUCGGUGACGAGGCUCAGUUGCCCCCCAUGGCUGAACGGGUGGCGAUCUGCGAGGAUUGCAACUACGCAUUCUGUUGCGUUUGCAAAAAAGGCUGGCAUGGGGAACUGGUCCGUUGCUUCCCUCGGCGUGCAGCCGAGCUGACCGCCGAAGAAAAGGCGACCGAAGACUAUCUGCGGCGGUAUACAUCCGCUUGUCCGACAUGCAAUGCGCCCUGCCAGAAGAAGAUGGGCUGCAACCAUAUGAUAUGCUUCAAAUGCGACACACACUUCUGCUACCUCUGCUCUUGUUGGCUGUUCGAGGAAAAUCCUUACCGGCAUUUCAACGAUCCAGAGAGUCAGUGCUACCAAAGGCUUUGGGAUCUGGAAGGCGGUGACGGCAUUGACCCUGACGGGGCUGAAGCCUUGCAUCAAGUCCCUGCGCAACUCAUAGAGGUUGACGACGAUAGUGAUGACGAGGAUCUGGUUGCCAUGGAACUGGGUCAACAUCCUCCUCCCCCGGCUCCGGUACCCCCAAGAGUCAACCCUGGCCAUGGCGCCGGGGCUCAUGGCGAAGGCGGCAAUGAAGAUGCUGCAGCUCGGGCUGCAGCGGCCGAGAGACAAGCGCAGGCACGAGCCAUGGCAGAAGUCCGGCGUCGUCCGGAGGCCGACGCGGCUAGAGAAGGCCAACCGGAACGACAUGCGCGGCCUGGCCUGCAACGAUUUCUAGAACUGGUUCAGAAUGACCGGGAAGACGAAUGGGACAGUGAUGAACUCGAUGAUGAUUUCUAGGUUCUUUUAUUUCUUUUCUCUUUCUCCAUAUGGCCCCUAUCCCAUCAUACGCCACGUCAUGCUAUACUUGUACGCGUUAUGAGCUCAUA